GAGGAGAAGAAAAUUAGGAAUGUUGGAGGAAAAGGAAAAGAGGAGAAGGAAGAGUAGAAGACAAGUAGGAAAGGAGGCGAGGAGAAGAAGGAAAGGAGGAAAAGAAGAGGUGAAGAAGACAAGAAGGAGAGGAGUAGGUGUAGAAGAAGAGGAGGAAUAAGGGAGGAGUGGAAGGAGAAGGAGACGAGAAGGAAAGGAGCAGAAGGAGAAGAGAAGAGGAGAAGGAAAGAAGGAGAGGGAAAAAGGCAGUAGAAGAGGAAAAAAGAGGAGUAGGAGAAAGAAGGGAGCAUUAGGAGAGGAAGAUAAGAGGAGUAGGAGAAGGAAAGGAGCAGUAAGAGAGGAAGAGAAGAGGAGUAUCGUAAGUUUCUGGACGCAGUUAGAGUCGGGAACAGCGGUCCAGUGUUUACAGUCCUGAACCCGAGUGUUUCCCCUGGUGGCGGGUGGAGGAACUGCGGGCUGGGUGAUAUUCCUGUAUUGGGGGGAUGGAGUGGAGCAGAGGUGGGGGGCGCUAGUCUCUACGUGGCGUUUCUCCCAGAUAUGAGAAGUUUUCUGAGCUAGCGGUGGAAAAAUACAGAUGUAGAAGUUUUUAGAUUCAGUAGAACUGUAAUGAGAACUCACACACGACUGAAUCUGAGUUAUCUCCUACUGCGAGGCUCAGACUGCGCCUUUAUAAACAACAUAAACACAGAUUUCCUCCGAGGAGCUGCAGAAACUACUGGAAGUUCUGACUCCUCAGGACUGCAGACACAGCACCAUGCCGGGCACUGAGGUAAAACACAGAAAGGGGAAGUCUGCGCUCCCGCAGGACGGGAAAACUAACGGAACCUCCGAGCCGAGUCUGAGGAGUGAGGGUAAAACAGCCGCAGCGGGUCCGUCUGAGGAGAAACAGCAGCCCGCUGGAGACCCUGCUCGCCUGGGUUCAUCUGUAGACCUGAAGACCGCGGUCAGCCUACUGUCGCUCACUGCCUGCUUACUGCUGGCGUGGGUUGUAAUUCAGCAGAAUGCAAGGUUUAAUGAAGUGGAGGAGAAAUAUAGACACUUGCAUGAAAAGACAGCUGAUCUCCUGCUGCUGGAAGAACGAUUGGGCACAGUUUCCAAAAAGGGUAGCACAGUUUGGCACCGUAGCGGAACUCGUCAGAACACCGGACUGGACUUCCCGCCACUUAGCAACGAUGAGAGGGGGCCAAAGAUGGCGUCUCAGCUAAGAGAAACCAGAGUAAACUAUUGGGUUUUUGAAUUCUACAUCUCAAAAGCUUUUGAGGCGUUUAGAAAUGAAGAGUACGACAGUUACGUGCAGUUCAGGAAUCUUGUCCAAGCUUUGGUCUUCAGACCCGUCAACAACCAAAGUGACGUGAUAAUCAAACUGCGUUUCAUGCAGUUUCUUUCUCAGAUAAAUGAUGGGGACAAACCAGACAUUACGUUUCAGAGCUCUUUAACACCGCUGGAAUCGGCCCUGACCACACUGGAGAAUAUCUGUUCCGAAAUAGAUGUUUCACAGAGUGUUUUGGAGCAAGUUCACACCUCAAUCAGGGAAAUGCUUGUUAUAGUCUGCAUUAAGAAUGAAAAGUUUGAGAAAGCACGGCUGAUGCUUUACAAACACUUUCCCAAAGGAAGGGAUUCCGCUGGCAAGAAAAAGCUGUUUGAGGAUUUAAUCAAAAGGAAGUGCAGCACACACUCUGUGAUUAAGUCAGUGUCAUACAGUGAAUUUAAACAGGACAUGCUGGACUUCAUUGACAAUCUCUACCAUCUUCCAGAACCUUUCCUUAUCAAGGUAUCCAAACUUGCUGAACAAGGUCAGACUAUAGAUGGUGGGGUUUCAAGAAAGUCCCAAAAUGUCAGGGCACCAGAUGAGCAGUCAUCCACGACAGGCAGAGGUCCACAGAUGGCUCAGCUGCCCAGUGAGCAGAGAGUUUCUGCAGAUCACUGUCCAUUCAGCUCUGAACAAAAUGGCCAAGCUGAGAAUGGACACAGCUCUGCUGGACCCCUCUCCUCUACAGUAUUGGUGCAGCUGAGUCUGAGCAUGCUGAGGGCUGUAUUUCUAGAUCUCGCUGAGCUUUUGCCAGUCUCAGCUCCCUUCUCCCUGGUGCAGGAGGAGGUGGACAGAGAAGCAGUAGAGCAGGAAAGUGGCAUAGACCUGGACAGCGAUGAGCUUAUUCUCAGGCUUUCAGAGACUCCUGUUGAUCUGUUAUUGCGUGAAACCGAGGAGAGCAGAAGAGCAGGCGGAGAAAGAGUCUUGGAUGCCGAUCAGCCUGAGCAACAGGGCCAGGAAAAUCCAGUGGAUUUAACUCUCACAGAAAAUGUCUUGGAGAAAUCAGGUUGUUACAAUGGCUCUGGUUUAACACCACACCAAAUCAGAGGUGCAGCUUCAGCUGAUCCAGAAAAUGCUAACACAAAUCAAAAUGCCAAGAAACACCCAGGUGCUGCUGGGUCUGUCACAGUAGCGCAGUUAGUGAUGGAGGAGGACAGUCAGACCAGUGAGUUUGAAACAGUCGAUUCUCAGCUGACCCCCAGCCCGCUGACAGCAGGACAUAGUGAGGAUGACUUGCUUAACUCACUUCCCACCAAUUCCAUGCCAGUGAGGAAGAACCGCAGGCCAGCUUCUAGCAGGAAGAGUAUUCCCAGUGAACCAGAGCCUGCGUCACCUGAGCAGCCCACAGAGCCACAGAACUGUUCCACUCCCACCAGGGUGGCAUCCCCCAGCCCCUCUUCUUCUGACAGCACACCUGUUAAACACCACAACCAGAUCAAGAAGAGGAACUGGUUGGAUGUGUCAGGAAUACCAGACGAUUGGAGUGAUGAAGAAUCACUAUUUGGAGCAUCUACAUCUGUGAAGGCAGACACUAAAGGCACUAAAAGAAAGAAGUGGACUGAGGAGGAGUCGGACUGGGUAUGCCAAGGCGUGGCGAAGUACGGAGAAGGACGCUGGGGAAAAAUCAAGAAUAUGUUCCCCUUUCAAGGCCGCACAGCUGUGAAUAUCAAGGAUCGUUGGCGCACAAUGAAAAAGCUGAACCUGGCAUAAGUCUGCGCUUCCUAGCUCUGGUCCUGGAGUAGCUCUGUCCUGUAUCCUGCAUGUUCUAAUAUUUUUCUGGUCCAGUUGAUCAUAUUAUUAGGGCGGUUUUCAUCCACCAAAACAUGCAGGACCAUGGGGGUGUUUCACAAAGCCAAAUUUCUUAGUUUAUCCAUAGUCUGGCUUCCUAAUAAGAGAACAGCUAUAACGUUUCUAUUGAAAAGUCCUCACGUGUUGUCUUAAAGGAGAAAUCCGGUGUGAAAUGGUUUUGGGGUGUACUGAAACAUGAUAACGAGUGUGAACCCCCAGCAUACAGAAAAACAACGCUUUUAGCCGAUGCUCUCAACAGGUGAACAAAGGUUGGGCUGUUCGACAAAAGUUCAUACUCAUUAUAUUUCAUUACACCCCAUGUCCAUUUCACACUGAGUUCUCCUUUUAAUUGUCUGGCUAACUAAGAAUAGUGUGUUUUUGUAAAAUACCACUCUGGACAUUCAAAUGUAGGUUUUUUUUUUUUUUUUUUUUGGUUUAUUAUUAUAAUUUUUUUUUUAUUGCUUCGGUUAAUUCAGUGAUUUAGGAACAACUGAUUUUUGGUUUUGUUUAUUACCCCUUGUGGUAUCCUAACAAGUUUUGUUCUUUAAUAGAAAUUCAGUUACGAAAAAAGCCUCUUAUUCAUUGUUUUCCCUGUGUUUGAUGAAACAUUGCAUUGAGCCAUAUCAAUUGUAUAUUAUAAUUUUCUUUUAAAUAAAUGUUCUGUUUCAUUUGCAA